AUGCCUUCGUCAUCGCCCCACGAUGCUGUCAUCCCCCCGCGGCCGCCACCACCACCGUCGUCGCGCACCGAGAUGGAGGAGCUGCCAUCCCUCAGCCGGCUCGUCUCGCUUGCUAACCCCUGUUUCCACCCCAGCUCCGUCGCCUCCUUUCUCUUCCCCAUAUUCGCUUCCUACAAGGCUCUGAAGACGUCCGAUCCGGCCGAACUGACGCCCUGGCUCAUGUACUGGGUCGUCUUCAGCUGCUGCCUACUAGUCGAGUCAUGGGUCUCGUUCAUCCUCGCCUGGGUUCCCUUUUACGGGUACAUGCGCCUCCUCUUCCUUCUCUACCUCAUCCUGCCGCAGACGCAAGGCGCUCGCAUCAUCUACGAGGAACGGGUCCAUCCCUUCCUGGAGGAGAACGAGGCGAGCAUCGAUGACUUCAUCGCCAGCGCCCACGAUCGGCUCAAGACGGCAGGCAUUUCGUACUUCCGCCAGGCCAUCGAGUACAUAAAGACUUCCAUACUCGGCUUGCCGCCGACGGAGCCACCGCCCGAGCCGGCGGCCGCACAGAGCUAUACCCAGGCGCUUCUCGCGCGGUUCAGUGUUCCAACGACGAGGUGGACUUCCGCCGCCAGCACGGGCAACGACUUCUACAACCUUCUGGCCGGUGCCGUAUCCGCCGCCACGGGCGCUGGUAGGAACGGGAACGAUGGCGGAGGCGGCGGCAUGACCGACUCGGGCACGCUCAUUCCACCGAACCUGCGCGGUUCGGCUGAGAAGAUGAGCUUCAUCGCCGCCCAGCGCGAACGACUCAACAUUCUUCUGUCGGUGCUCGACCACGAAGCGCAAGAGAUCCAGCGCAACGACCAAUCUCGGUCGGCUACGGCGGCGGCGGCGGCGACGGCGACGACGCCGGGAGAAGCGCAGGACGAGGAUGCGACGCAGCGACCGCCCAGCGGACUCAGCGUGUGGAGCGCCCUGAGCAAGAGCCGCAGCGAGACCGACUUUGAAAAGGUCGAGGCCGAGAGCCCCACCGAAGAAGACAGCACGCUGCGCCGGCGACGUACCUCGGGCGCCAGCACGAGAUCGUGGAGGACCUGGGGAUGGGGUGGCAGCGCCGACACCAGCGCGAGCUCGGCGCAGGAGGAGUAG